UCUAAAAGUGGGGGGGAAAUGGCGAAUGCCUGUAAGCUGUGUGUGUUAUGCAGUUCAUAUCCUCAAGCGUUUCGUUGCAGUUGUAGCUAUGGCGUGUUUAAGUUCGAGUAGGCUCUGUGCUCGUGUUCAAGAUAAGUUAUUGUGUCAAUUCGGACAUAAAGUUCGAAAGCAAACUGUAUUUGUGAAACUCAAACCUCCCGGACCAUCUCCAUUGCGAAUAUUUGGAAAGACAUGUCAGAGAGUCACAACAUGCGGCCCUGCUUGCGGGUCGGGUGGUUUCAGCGCGGGAGCAUCGAGCGGGUUGGUGCGCCGCCUCGCAUCCAGCCUCCAGAGCACAAGCACUGGCUCCCUACCAGAUUACGGCACACAGAUCGUCGACCCCUAUCGCUUACUGGAAGACGACCUCAAUGGAAUAUAUGAAGACAUCAGAUCCGAGCUGGAGCGUAACACCAACCAAUCAGAACUCAACACCAUAGCCACAUACUACUUCGAUGGUCAGGGCAAGGCGCUCAGGCCGAUGGUGGCCAUACUCAUGGCGAGGGCCGUUAACUACCACGUCUAUGGAGAAAACAGUGCAUUGCUGCCGUCACAGCGACAAGUGGCGAUGAUAAGCGAGAUGAUCCACUCGGCAUCGCUCAUACACGAUGACGUCAUAGACCAGAGUGAUUUCCGUCGCGGGAAACCCUCCGUCAACGUGCUCUGGAAUCACAAGAAGGUGGCGAUGGCCGGCGACUUCAUCCUCGCCGUGGCGUCGAUGAUGAUAGCUCGCUUGCGCAGCGAUGACGUCACACUCGUGCUCAGCCAGGUGGUCACAGACCUCGUUCAGGGCGAGUUCAUGCAGCUGGGCAGCAAGGAGACAGAAAACGAACGGUUCGCGCAUUACCUCACCAAGACCUACAGGAAGACAGCUUCACUCAUCGCCAACUCAGUCAAAGCGGUGGCCCUUUUAAGCGGGGCGGACGAGAGUACGUGCGAACUAGCAUUCCAAUAUGGACGCAACCUCGGCCUGUCAUUCCAGUUGGUAGACGAUCUACUAGACUUCGUGUCUUCAGCACAAGCCAUGGGCAAACCCACCGCCGCCGACCUCAAGCUUGGUCUGGCGACCGCACCAGUACUAUUUGCCUGUGAAAAGUAUCCAGAACUGAACCCGAUGAUAAUGAGGCGGUUCCAAGAGCCGGGUGAUGUUGAGAAAGCGUACGAGCUGGUACACAAAUCUCGCGGACUUGAGCAGACACGUUUCCUAGCCCGUAAGCACGGAGCGGAGGCAGCACGCCUAGCGGCUGAGUUGGCUGACUCGCCCUACCAAAAGGGUCUAGUCGUCACCACCGACCUCGUGCUGAACAGGAUUAAAUAGUACUGAACUACUCUACCACCGUACUCAGUACGUGCACGACCAAAACUUUAAUAUAUUCUAUGAAAGGCAUCCACAGUUCUAGCGGCUCCCACCCUACAGCGUGGUGAAGCUUUGAAACAUAUUGUUGAAGUAAUUUUUCGUUUACGUUACAACAUUAUGUAUACGUGAUCCUAAGAGUAUUUCAAAAAAGUUGAUUUUCCAUGUCGAGCGCCACCUUUAAUAGUACUUAAAGGUUCUAGCGUGAGACCCACAGAAUUCUGGAUACCUUUUUGUAAAGGAUAUAGAGGCGAUGGACAUUUUAUUUUAGUAAUGUAUUUGAGUGGUCGGUGUUCGGUCGGGCCCGGUCGCCGCCGCCGGGCUCGGCCUGUCGCGAGUGAAUGUUAAGUGUAUAUGAGUGUGAAAUGAGCCAACAUGGCGACAUAUAUCGUAGAUAUUUUACGUCAAGUUAUACCAUGUGCCCUGAUAAAUUAAACAUAAUACUUUGUACUGCAUACUAUAAAACGCUAUGUAUGUAGAUUGUUGUUAUAUUUUAUUGUAAUCAGUAGAACUGAUUGUCAAGUAAUUAUAUGUUACUUAUUAUUGAAGUAUAUCUAUUUUAUUAGUAUUGAUAUUAUAUAAAUAUUUGUACUUUGUGUCCUUCACUUGUGUGACCUGAUUUAUUUUAAGAUAAUUUUCUGUGAGUUUUGUGACACCAUAAAGUAUCUAGCGCGAAACUAUCGCUGGCAGGGAGCGUGUAUAACUACUCGUUACCAAAUACUGUACGCUAUAUAUGUACAUAUCUACGUGUACUGUUUGUAUAAAUAUGCUCAACUGUUGUUUUGUAUCGUGCAAUCUUUAUGUAGGUAUAGAGAUAGAAAGUACCUGUGUUUAUGCACAAACAAUAUGCUAUCAACGAUCAUCACAAAAUUACUUACUCUUUGUUUCAUAAGUUGGUGUUCGUUUGUUUCUUACUGUAUGUAUUUUAUGAUUUGUAAAUACUGAGAGUCAUUGGAUAAGUUA